GCGUAACCAUUGUUUGGCUUCGCUGUACUGCCGAUGUAGGCAGGUCUCAAUUUUCUCAUUUUUUUGUGCUCUGUUCAUAAUAGGUGCUGCUGAGGUGAAUAACCCUACGUGGUCUGCAUCCAACACUCUUCAACCCAAGUGACAUGUCGGUCGCCUUUGCUCAACAGCAGAAAGGGCGACAUAACCCGAGUCCAGCUCAGAUACAAAAGAUGCUGGAUGAAAACAGCCAACUCAUACAAGCUAUUGUCGACUAUCAAAACAAAGGGAAAGCUUCGGAAUGUCUGCAGUAUCAGCAAAUUUUACACAGGAAUCUAGUCUACUUGGCAUCAGUGGCAGAUGCUGGUCCAAUGGUGCAGGCAUCAAUUCCACCACCAUGUGGUCCAGGAGUGCCUGAUCAAGGAGGCAGCCCCGCUACAGGUGGCCUGAUGCCUGGUCAACAAUCGUAUGGGCCAUCUAUGCAGUCACAGCAGCAAGCAGCCCCAGGUGGGCCUGGAGCUGUGCAACCACCCAUGGGGGCCCAUGGUAUGUCUGGCUAUGGGCGAUCUGGGCCCCCACCUCCAUCCUCCAGCAUGGUCAGUCAGCAGCAGGCUAUUCCAACACAGCAACCACAUCAUCAAACGCCAAUGCAGCACCAGCCAUCUUCACAACACCCUGCAAUGAACCAGCAUGGUCAACAGCCACACAUGGGUCAACAGCCAGGUGGCCAACACAUGGCGCAGCCACCCUCACACCCAUCAGUGAUGCAGCCUGUCAUGGGCUCUGCACACCAGCCCAGUCAAGGCCAUCAGAUGCCUCAGCAUACAGCCAGUCCACAGGGGCCUGUUCAACAGCAGAUGCAGGCUGCUCAGCAGCAUCCAUCGCAGCAUGGUGGGCAGCACCAGGGACAGCAUCCAGGGCAGCAGCACCCUGGUCAGCAACAUCCUGGACAGCAUGCUGGCCAGCAUCCUGGCCAACAUCCUGGCCAGCACCCAAGCCAGCAGCAUCCUGGGCAACACCCUGGCCAACAUCCAGUUCAGCACCCCAGUCAGCAUCCUGUCCCGCAUCCUGGGCAACACCCCAGUCAGCAUCCAGGACAACAUCCAGGUCCACAUCCUAGCCAACACCCUGGUCAGCAGCAGCCACAUCCUGGCCAGCCACACCCAGGACAGCACCCUGGCCAGCCACACACCUCUCAGACCCAAAGCCAGCAUCUUGGCCAGCACCCUUCUCAGCAUCCAGUGCCCCAUCCAGCAUCGCAUCCAGCUCAACACCCUUCACAGCAUUCCAGCCAGGCGCAGCAGCCACAACAGCCACCUCAGCAGCAGCAACAGCAUUCCUCACCACCACCAGUUUCCUCACCACCCAGUGGCCCAGGUACGCCACAGCAACAGGGCCCCUCACCUCCUUCCCAGCAGCAUCAUCCGCCAUAUGGCAGCCAAGGUACAUUGAAUCCACCAAACCGAUCCAGCCCGACACCUAACCAAAGCCCUGCUCCACCUUCAUCGCUUUCAACCCAAAGCUAUGCGCAGCAUUCAGCACAUGGACAACAGGGUGCCACCAUGGGAUCACAGCAGCAUCAGCCUAGUGGAGGACCUGCCGGUAGCCCAUAUGGAGGCUAUUCACCUCAGGUGGGCCCAUCCCAGACCCCACCACAGCAACGACCACCUUCUCAGCCGUCCCCUGCCAGCACCCCACACCCGAGCAGCCCGUAUCCAGGCCACAAGAUGGCCGCCCAGAGUAGUUAUCCUGCAACUCCCUAUCAGGCAGCUGGAUCACCUGGCUUUCCAGGGGCCCCACCUGCUGGAGCAGCAGGUGCUGCUCCUCCGGCAGCUGCUUACCCUGCUACAACCUCUGCUUCUGCUGGCUAUGCACAGUACAGCCAAGGCUACCCACAAGGCUAUGGUGUGGCUUAUGGCUAUGGGCCAAGUGGAAGUUACCCCCAAGGAGGUGCUUAUCUUGGUGCAUACUCUCAAGGGGGCACAGCAGCACCACUUCGUUACCCUGCAGGAUACCCUGGCUACAGUCACUACCGUGCUCCUCAGCCAGCUGGUCAGCAGGCUGCUGCUUAUGGCACAUAUGAGCAGCAAGGUUAUCCUCCUGGUGCCUAUUCCCAGGCUCAGUGAGAUUACAAAAAGAGCCAGCAUUAUUUUAAAAAGUAUGAAAGCCUCCCUGCUAAGUGGGUGUCAUUGAGCACUGGAGCAAUUGCAGUGCUUAUUUUGAGUGUUGCCAUGAAACUGGGCUGCCACAGACAUUAAAGUCUGUGCAUGUAGCUCCCAGAAUGAAUAAUUUAUCUAACUCUUGUUGAGCAUCAGAUUUUUUUACAUAGCUCAUUUCAGUUUGCUGUGUAUAGUAUUUUUGUUUUACCUGGCUGUCACACUGUGGCCGUCCAUGCGCUCUCUCAGUCUGGGGUGUGUUAUGCAUAUUAGACACACACAGGGCUAGAAAUCGGCUAGUAAAAGUGUUUGUUCUUCAGUCUAUGAAGAUGGCAGCUUAGGUGUCAUAUGUAAGGAGGAUAUUUGUGCAAAAUGAUGAUGCAUGUAUGGCAGUUGUGACUCUGUACAAUUUUGUCAGAUUGUGUAUUACGUAUAUUGACUGGUAUCCUUUUGAGCUAGGGCUCCAACGUAACUGGACGUUUUUUUUAUUUUCUUUAUAUACACGGACUGUAUUUAUCACGCAGUUCAAAAAAGCGGAAAUUUUAUUAAGACUCAUGCCGUAUUUUUGGUGGGGUGUUUACAGUUCUGCGAAGUAGACAUUUUGACACUAUUGCUAUAUUAUUAUUGUCUGAAGCAUAUUGAACUUUUUUCCCUUGGCUGCAUUGUUUUUUUGAGUGAAAUAUUGUGUAUGGGUGCACCCUAGGUUUUUAUUGCUUUUAGCAGUGAUGAGCUCAGCAUCGUAGCAUAUUUUAUUGUGUAGUUGUGAGCAUGUUUAGGACUGCCUGUGUCAUGCUUUUCAGGCACCAAUUCUUCUGCUGAAUGUUUUUUUUUGCAUUUUUUUUUCUAAUGUUACAGUACGAUGGUACUCGUCAGAUAUUUGCUAUAGUAACACAUUUGUUAGUAUGAUACAAUACUCUUUGAAUUAUGGGCCAUGAUGUUUUUGUGACAUUUAUAUUGAUGCAGUUCUGAAGAACAGUUAUUCAUUUUUCAUUGAGCUUUGCUCAAUUCGAAGCUCAGUCAUUGAGCUUCUAAAAAAAUCCAUUUAAAUUUACUGUUGCAGUUAGGUAGCAUGUUCGGACUCCUCUGCGAAACUGCCUGCAUGUUUUGAAUGAUCGUUACUAGGAAAAACGAGAACAUCUAGAAACUUGUUUUCUGCAUUUGUGUACUAGAAACAGGAGUGCACUGCGAGGGGCCGAUUUGUGCUUUUUGAAGGGAAUGAGAAAGUUUGAACACAGUUGUCUCGCAUUAUAUCCUUUCCUUUUUUGUGUUUCUCAGUUCCCUUCAUGCUAGACAAUAUUCGUUGCGAAAUUUGCCUAGAGCUGUCGAUACACACUUGUGUAGCUGGACUGACAGUGAAAAUGUGUUGUGAUUGACAGCUGAUAGCUGUUGUUGAAACCUGUGACUUGGAUGCCAUUGUGGGCCACUAUUUUGUAGCGAUGCCUUUUGAAAUGCUAGUUUACUUUCACACUUUGUUAGUAGUGAGAGUGACAUUUUUCCGAAGUUCUCAACGUCAUUAUAUAGCAGUAUGUAGCAUGUUAGACAAGAUUAGCAUAUAAUUAGCACUUAUUGCUACGAAAUGGUAGCCUAAACCCAUGGUAUCUGUGUGUCAAUGAAUGAGUUUUGUAUGGGAAUAUGGUUUAAUAGGACAAAGUAUAAUGCAACACAAUGGUAUACUAGAAUAUAUAGAUCUCAAGGUCAUAGACUGUAACUGUACUUCUGUUACAUGAAACUAAAUACAAGAAAUACAGCGGGGUUAAAAAAAUAUUGCAGGUUUCACAAGCAAAAACUAUGAGACUCAUGUAAGUGUCUGAACAAGGGCAAGUACAGUUCAACUCCUUUGUAAGAGGCAAUGAAAAAAAAAAAAAACACCUUGAGAGCUCCGUCCCUUUCUCUCUUUUUUUAAUUUGAUAAAAAUUGGCAGAUAAUGAGAUAACGAAUUUUUUAUAAGUGGCACUGAUACAAGAGACAAUCGGGCAUAAGAGAGAAUAGCUAAACUAGGGCUUGAUCAGAAAAUGGGAACCUGGUAUUAAGCUGAUGACACACCUGAUAUAAAGGACAAGAGCUGCCCCUCGGUACGUAUCUCUUCUAAAAAGGUAUAACUGUAUUUUCUCUAAUUAUUGUCCCAGUUAUUGACGAUGAUUAAAAAUUCUCAAUAUAGUUCUGCGUAUGAAACUUUGUGUGAACCAACAAACUUAUGUGGGGCUUUAGCUGACUUAGCGUUGUAAAGGCCAAUAUACAGUAUAGUUGAGGAGAAGCCUCAGCAUUGAAAUGCAAAGAGAUGCAUACCUGAAAGCCAGGUGAAAACGGACAUAGUUGGGCACUAGAGGACGGCAUGGUUUAGUAAAGACACUAAGCAUUGCCAAGCAUCGUCUCUCCACUCCCUUUUUUUUUUGCUAGCAUCUGUAAAAGGCAAUUCAUCACUGUGUUCUAUGUACUAAAGCCAAGAAACCAUGUCAUGCUCCCAUGACUAGCCCUGUCUACUUUUUUGCUUCUAUUUUUCAUUCUUUUCCUAUUUCACUUCUCGACUGCUCCAGUGGCAGCCUUACACUCUCUGCAUUGAGUUAUAGUUCAGUCGUGCCAUGGCGCAACAUCAGCAGCAGCAUGUAUUGUAUAUGGGUAAUUGUGUCUUUUUUGACGUGGAGCUUCAUUGAAAGAAAGGGUGCUAGGCCAUCUUUUUGUUACGCGAACUGUUGCCGCACCAUGCUUCUUUCAUACUCUACAAAUACAACCUGUGUCAUGUAAUCAACAUGUCACAUUUUUUUGUAAUUUCCAAGUAUGUCUGGGUGCCCUUCAAUGUUUUGACUAGACUUUCAUGUGAUGUUCAUGCAGUACUUUACACCACUUUUUUCUGUCUGUGAGCACUUAUUUAAAACACUAAGUAGCCUUUUUGUAAUGGCUGCAUAGUAGUAAUGCUGUGACUUCACUGUAGUAAUUAUGUGUUUGAGACAAUAUGGUAUGAGUGUUUUUGUUAUUGCUCACAAGUGUUCUUUACAACACUUAGCGUUGUCUUGUGCAGUCGCAGAGGUUGCAAAGUACUGAACAUGUAGCUGCAAAGAGUUGCAUGACUUGAGUAGGAACACAAGUAAUCGUUUUGCAUAAAUCUUUUCAUCAUGUGGUUUAAGG